AUUUUAGGGUUUGCUCGAGCUUCGUGACAAGCUUGCGCACAGUUUCUUCUGACAGUGACAAACUUUUAGUCCUCCACGCACAAUCUUUUACUUUGACUAGGACUAUUACUAUCAGCCGCUUUCCAUCUGCGGAGCAAUCCAAUGGGUAGCCAGGCGAUGAGCGGGAGGGUAUCUCAGCAGUUGGCGCGGAGCUUCAGCUUGCUGCAGAAACAUGGGUCGGGGUCUUUGACUGCCAGGUCAGGUGUUCGAAGACUGUAUGGCCAUAAUGCUGCAACGCUCUUACAGAAGCAACCAAGAUCAUCAAGAGCAGAACCAAACGCGGCAAAAAGUAUAAACGUAGGUAGAAACUCAACUCCGAGGAGCGAGAAACUAGAUUGGGGGCCCUUGUAUCCAUUGGCGGGGCUUAGGGAGAGAUCGGAGCUCAUUGGUGGAGAUUCACAACGGGCGGGCUUCAGCGCCCGAGCUUCAGCAGAAGCCCAGACGGUGGCGAGGGACAAUGCUGAGGUGGCGAGCGCGCCGCUCCCGGUGGAAGAAAAAUGGGAAAUCAAGAUGCUUUAUGAUGGAGAAUGCCCAUUGUGCAUGCGUGAAGUUGACAUGUUGCGGAAGCGGGAUGCCGGGAGCGGCAAGAUCAACUUUGUGGACAUUGCAUCAGACAGCUAUGACCCGUCAGAGAACGCCAACAUUGAUUUCGAGGCAGCCAUGGGCAGGAUACACGGAAUCCAGAGGGAUGGGACAGUAGUCACAAACGUUGAGGCCUUUCGAAAGUUCUACGAGGCUGUCGGUCUUGGCUGGGUGUACGCAAUCACGAAGAACAAGGCCGUGUUGAAGGCAGCAGACGCGGUGUAUGAUGUCUGGGCCAAGUACAGGAUGCAGGUUACAGGGAGGCCGCCGAUUGAGCAGGUCCUGGAAGAAAAGAGGAAGCGGCAGGAACAGCUGAAAGGAGCCAGCAAAGAUCGAUGUCGGAUGGACCCUACCGAGUUUUAGAAACGUAAUCAGCGAUAGCACUAUAACCUCAUUCAUGAGCUGCUAGUAUGAGAAGCUUGUCACGCUGACAGCCGUGCUUAUUCGAAGACUACAGUCAGGCCGAUGAUCGUGCUUUCUGAGGAGAAAUAAAUGAAGUCGCUCGGAGAUCGGUCAUUCAAAAGUACAAGCGAGUUCUAAAGAUUUCUCAUGUUGCGAACGGGAUUGUCAAGCCAGUAAUGCAGAUAGUUCCUCGUAGCGGCGCGCGCAAUUAAUAUCAGUUGUCACCAUUAUGACAUGCAAAUCGCGGACAAGAGGUCCAAUACAG